UUAUAAUAGUAAUUUAUGAUUAUUUCAGAAACUGCUUCUGCAAAUUCAACAUUCACAGUUUCUACUACAACAGUUACCUCCAUAUUAAGCACUGAAUCAGUAAUUACAUCAGUAACCAGUAGCUCAGGCACAGCAGCUUCCAUUCCAAUGCUUAUGACAUCAAGCAGUGAAACAAUAGGAACAACUCCAGGUCUUUGGAGUGAACGUUUUAGUACAGGUGUUGCUGGGAGUCCAUUUCCAACGACCCUAGAAGCUAGAAACGAGGGCAGGGCUACAGAGGGACCCAGCUUCACCAGUACUGGGCAAAUAGCAGGGACCCCAGGAGUUUCCAAGGGCUUCACAGCAGCACCCGGCAGUGAGAGCACACGUGGAGACUCCGGCGCCCCAGGCACGACCUUGGGAGGCAGAGCAGGAACCACUCUAGGUCCUCGGAGUGAACCUUCUGGGACAGGUGUUGGCGGGAGUCCGGUUGCCACGACCCUGGAAGCUGGCAGCGUGGGCAGGACCGCAGGGGGCCCCGGCUUCACCAGUCCUGGGCGCAUAGCAGGGGGAACCGGCAGCCCGACCGCAAGUGCCAGAGGAGGGACCCCAGGAGGUUCCGAGGGCUUGACAGCAGCACCCGGCAGUGAGAGCACAGGUGGACACUCCGGCGCCCCAGGCACGACCUUGGCAGGCAGAGCAGGAACCACUCUAGGUCCUCGGAGUGAACCUUCUGGGACAGGUGUUGGCGGGGGUCCGGUUGCCACGACCCUGGAAGCUGGCAGCGUGGGCAGGACCGCAGGGGGCCCCGGCUUCACCAGUCCUGGGCGCGUAGCAGGGGGAACCGGCAGCCCGACCGCAAGUGCCAGAGGAGGGACCCCAGGAGGUUCCGAGGGCUUCACAGCAGCACCCGGCAGUGAGAGCACAGGUGGACACUCCGGCGCCCCAGGCACGACCUUGGCAGGCAGAGCAGGAACCACUCUAGGUCCUCGGAGUGAACCUUCUGGGACAGGUGUUGGCGGGAGUCCGGUUGCCACGACCCUGGAAGCUGGCAGCGUGGGCAGGACCGCAGGGGGCCCCGGCUUCACCAGUCCUGGGCGCGUAGCAGGGGGAACCGGCAGCCCGACCGCAAGUGCCAGAGGAGGGACCCCAGGAGGUUCCGAGGGCUUCACAGCAGCACCCGGCAGUGAGAGCACAGGUGGACACUCCGGCGCCCCAGGCACGACCUUGGCAGGCAGAGCAGGAACCACUCUAGGUCCUCGGAGUGAACCUUCUGGGACAGGUGUUGGCGGGAGUCCGGUUGCCACGACCCUGGAAGCUGGCAGCGUGGGCAGGACCGCAGGGGGCCCCGGCUUCACCAGUCCUGGGCGCGUAGCAGGGGGAACCGGCAGCCCGACCGCAAGUGCCAGAGGAGGGACCCCAGGAGGUUCCGAGGGCUUCACAGCAGCACCCGGCAGUGAGAGCACAGGUGGACACUCCGGCGCCCCAGGCACGACCUUGGCAGGCAGAGCAGGAACCACUCUAGGUCCUCGGAGUGAACCUUCUGGGACAGGUGUUGGCGGGAGUCCGGUUGCCACGACCCUGGAAGCUGGCAGCGUGGGCAGGACCGCAGGGGGCCCCGGCUUCACCAGUCCUGGGCGCGUAGCAGGGGGAACCGGCAGCCCGACCGCAAGUGCCAGAGGAGGGACCCCAGGAGGUUCCGAGGGCUUCACAGCAGCACCCGGCAGUGAGAGCACAGGUGGACACUCCGGCGCCCCAGGCACGACCUUGGCAGGCAGAGCAGGAACCACUCUAGGUCCUCGGAGUGAACCUUCUGGGACAGGUGUUGGCAGGAGUCCGGUUGCCACGACCCUGGAAGCUGGCAGCGUGGGCAGGACCGCAGGGGGCCCCGGCUUCACCAGUCCUGUGCCCAUAGCAGGAACUCCAGAACGUUCCGGGGGCUUCAUAGAAGUACCUGGUAGUGGGAGCACACUUGGAAACCCCAGCACGGCAGGGACGACCUUGCGGUUCAGAGGAGGAACCACUCUAGGUCCUCGGAGUGAACCUUCUGGGACAGGUGUUGGCGGGAGUCCGGUGGCCACGACCCUGGAAGCUGGCAGCGUGGGCAGGACCGCAGGGGGCCCUGGCUUCACCAGUCCUGGGCACCUAGCAGUGACCUCAGAAGGUUCAGAGUCCUUCAGAAAAGCAUCGGGGUUUGAGGACACAAGUGGUGUCCCAACUGCUCCAAGUUCAUCCUUGGGCGUCAGACAAGUAAGUACAUCUGAAACAUCUGGUGGUGUAACCAGUGGAGAUGAAAAUAAACCUGCAUCACCCAGCAGCAGUACUACAAGCUCUUCAGAUAAACCAGGGACCUCCAGGGAAGCAUUUGAAAUAAAAACUGCUCCUGGAAUUUCUGCCACAGGGUGUCCACCAUCACAUCCACCACCUCCAGUUUGUCUUGGUCCACUGGGAGAAAAGAAAUCUCCUGGAGAAGAAUGGACUGCCAAUUGUUACACAUGCACCUGUACUGAUACAAAUACUGUAGACUGUAACCUAAAGAAGUGCCCUUCUGCACCCACAUGCAAAACUGGAGAGAGACUUGUAAAGUUCCAAAAUAAUGAUACCUGCUGUGAAAUUGGAUACUGUGAACCAAGAACAUGUUUGUUUAACAGUAUUGAUUAUGAGAUUGGUGCUUCGUUUGAUGACCCCAACAACCCAUGCAUCUCCUACUCCUGCUAUGACACUGGUUUCGUUCCAAUAGUCCAAGACUGCCCAAAGCAGACCUGGUGUCCAGAAGAAGACAGAGUCUAUGAUUCAAAAAAAUGUUGCUAUACAUGUAAGACUAAUUGUCGAUCUUCACUCAUGAAUGUGACUGUUAAGUACAGUGGUUGCCAGAAAAGAAUUGCGAUGGCAAGAUGUGUAGGGGAAUGCAAGAAGACUGUCCGGUACAAUUAUAGUCUCUUUCAGCUGACAAAUUCAUGCCUUUGCUGCCGAGAAGAUAACUACGAGUUCCGAGAAGCUAUUCUUAAUUGUCCUGGUGGCAGUACAAUACCUUACAGAUACAGGCAUGUCACAUCGUGUUCUUGCUCAGACAUAUGCCAACGAUCUGUAACCCCAGCAAUCAGUUAAUGCUUUAUAACCCUUCCAGGUAGAACAAGCCAGCUAUUUAUUUUAUAAAUGAACAUAAAUGAUCACUAAAUAGAAUAACUACUAAACAUUUGUAUCACACUCAAAAAGUGAGGACGUCUCCUUAUGAGGCAUUUUGUUCUCUCGUUAACUGGAUCUGAAAAAUAAAUACAAGUUUGCAAGCAA